GGCGGCACCGUGUGGCAAGAGGAGAGCGAAACACGACACCCCGCCAGAGGAAGGGGGGCCGAGCGAGCACGAAGUGAGUGGAAAAAGAAAAAGUCCGUGCCACGGAGAAACAACACAAGACAUACUUUGGCUACUUUUGUUCUACUCACACGCGCCGCUGCUGGCGACGAGGGCGAUGUUGUGGAGGAGGAAUGGAGCGCGCGGCGCCGGCACGACCAGCGGAGUGAAGAUUUAGAGCCGCGGUGGCAUUCCGCAGCGCGACUCUCCCAAACUUCCCCCACGACACUCAGGGCAACUUUUUAGAGCGCAGACCUGCUGAAAAACUAAGUCAGCGGCGCAGAAAGUUGUCCAGAAAACGCCGAUGAGAAAACUUAAAAAUCGCGGAGAGGCAGCGGAGCUUCGACCAGUUUCUAAACAGAGUCGCAGCUUCUUUGUAGAGGCAGUUUGAGAAGAAGCCCGGAGGAAGGAGUGGAGCCGAGGCUAACUGCGAGCUAACGGGGCUACACGCUAGUUAGCCAAGUCAAGUGUCCAAAGUUAACACCGGCUGGGAAAAGUGACUGAAGCGCACCAACAGCCAUGAAAACCCCGGCAGAGACGGGGUUCGCCUUCCCGGAGUGGGCUUACAAGCCAGAGUCAAGUCCAGGCUCUAGACAGAUCCAGCUGUGGCACUUCAUCCUAGAGCUGCUGAGGAAAGAAGAGUACCAUGACGUCAUCGCUUGGCAGGGAGACUAUGGAGAGUUUGUCAUUAAGGACCCGGACGAGGUGGCCCGCUUAUGGGGGGCCAGGAAGUGUAAACCCCAGAUGAACUAUGACAAGCUCAGCCGAGCGCUGAGAUACUACUACAACAAGAGAAUUCUUCACAAGACUAAAGGGAAGAGGUUUACCUACAAGUUCAACUUCAACAAACUCGUGCUAGUCAACUAUCCCUUCAUCGACAUGGGCUCUGGUCGGGGCGUCCCCCAGAGCGCCCCUCCUGUGCCAACCGGAAGCACCCACUUCCGCUUUCCCCCCUCUACACCCUCUGAGGUCCUGUCAUCCAGUGAGGAGCUGCGCAGUCCAGGAAUGUUCAGCAGCGUGGCUCGCCGUAUGGCACGCGGCUCCGUCAGUGACUGCAGCGAUGGCACCUCCACUAACUCGGAGCUGGAGGAGGCUGUGGGAUCUGAGGAGAGAGGUCUGGGUCCUGAGAGGGCUUUCCGUGGCCUUCUUCCUCCCAGGAUGCCUCACGAGUCUCUCUUCAGGGUCUAUGGCGCUGCCCCAAAUCCAGCAGGCCUCCCCAGACCUGCCCCCAGGGUCCACCCUGAGCCUCUUUCCCCUUUCCCCGUCUCUCCUCUCCCAGGCCCCGGAGGUCUACUAGCCCCAACUCUGUCCCCGGCCCUAUCCAUGACCCCGACCUCCCACCUUCCUUACACCCCCUCCCCCUCUCUGUCCUCCCCCAUGCUGGGCUCCCACUUCUCCUUUAAUCCAGAGGACAUGAAGCACUACCUGCAGGCUCACACACAGUCUGUUUACAACUACCACCUCAGUCCUCGAGCUUUCCUCCACUAUCCCAACAUCGUCGUCCCACAGCCUCACCGCCCCGCCCCAGAGAAGCUGGCUUCCGGCCCACCAGGUGCUCAUCUCCACAGCCUGCCCCUGUCUCUCUCUCAUUCCCUCAGCCAGCAGCCAGGCAGCGGAGAGGAAGGUCUUCAGGGUCAGCAACAUCUGUCGCCAUUCAAGUUCAAGCUGCAGCCACCACCACUCGGCCGCAAACAGAGAGAAGCAACGAGCUCCUCCUCCAAUCAGACGCCUUCAUUCUCAGAGUCCGCACAGAUGAGCAACUCUGUCUUAGCUGCAGCACCUCCAAAGAUCAAGGUGGAGCCCAUCUCAGACAUAGAGUCUGAGGAGGAAGUCGAGGUAACAGACAUCAGCGAGGAAGAGGAGCACAAUCACAUCGACGAUGAUGAUGAAGGUGACGUCUUCACCCCGACGCCUCACCAUUGUCACAGUCUUAACCAUCACCAGGCCAACGGAACAGAUGGGAGCGCCUCUGCCCCGCCUCCUCCGCACCAUAAACCAGAUGACGACGUGGAAGAGGAUGAAGAUGUUUUCAAAACUCCAGCCACGCCCUCUCUUGGUGCCACUAGCCUGGACUUCCCUCUGAUUGGGCUGAAGUGUGAACCGGGUCAGGGGUCAGCUCCCAUCAGCCCCGGAGGCACACAGUGCAUCCCACUGAAGCUACGCUUCAAACGCCGCUGGAGCGAAGACCAGAAGAUGGAGGCAGAUGGAGAGAGAGAUGAGGCAGAGGACAAGAAAGUGAAGGCAGAGUGUGAGGUGGAGAGGAAGAGAGGGGGGGAGGUGGAUAACAGAGGAGGGGGUGGAGUUAUCUUAGGGUUGAUGCUGCCGCCGCCUCCUGCUCAGCGUAGAGCAAGUUCUGAGUUGCAACGGGCGACGGCGCAGUUGUCUCUGGAAAACACAGGCUGCUGAGCGCACCACGUGCUGGUGUGUCCUGCCUGGAUCUGAAACACACAAACAAACCCAGUGAUUUUAUACAACAUGACGCUUCUCGUCUGAAGCAGGCUUCAGUCUUCAGUCCUUCCAGAUCAUUAUUAUGUAUCGGAGGAGAUUACUUCUACUUUUUGGAUCCACCCUGUCGAACAAAAGUUCAAGAAACAAAAUUUAAAAUGAAUUUCAGGUGUUUGACUUUUUGACCUUUCUUUCUUAAGCCUGUCUUGCGAGUUGCCUGGUGCUUGAAGGAGUGAGUGUACCCUGCAUUUGCUGUCUGAAGCUUCUGGUGGCAAACUCACUCACAAAAAGCCACUUGGCAUUAUGGGACGUUUUAAGUCCUUAACGCAGACCUGCCUGUGUAGCCUCUAAUUUACUGCAAAAGGAGAAGCGCGUUUCUUCCUGGUACCUUUUCAGCACGAACACAGCCGCGGUUCUUCUGUGGUGUACAACACUAAGACUGACUUUUCAAACUGACUGUCCUACUCUUAAUGCCUGUAGGAAUAGCGCACCAACUUCUCAGGUCCUGCACGGCCUCGUAAUGCCAGUUAGACCAUGAAGUCACAGCGUGCCAGGAUCGGUCCACGUUGACUCUGCACAGAUCAGCUUUGGUGGUGUUGGCUAAUCGUGCACUGCCCAAAAAUGUAAGGCAGGAAACUGAGUCAGGCUCUUUACUGUCUGGACAGGUGUUAGAAAUACACUUUGAAAAGCCCUGAUAGAGAUUACAGAAGUGCCUCAGUCUGCAGUCAGGCUCAGUGGCUCUCACAGAUUGAAGAGGAACGUAGGUUUUUAUUAUUUUUUUUUUUUAUUAAGAAUUUUUGUUCUUCUGUGAUUACAAAGUACUCGCCAAUCACUUCUCCAGAAAUCAGUAUCAGGACUGCGCUAAGCAGACUCUUCACCCUCAGAUGGUUCAUUAUCGUCAGUGAUAAUCACGAUGGACAUCCACAUUACAGGGACACCUACAGAGAACUGACUUUGAUUUCUCAGCCUCUUCAAUGGCAGGCGUUAAUAAACUGGAUGUUAACGAGCUGUUGGAUGUGGCUCCGCUGUACAGAGAAAAAAAAAAAACCUCCACGUCUUUGGAAAGAGGACAGAGCUACGAAUGAAGCUUUACGAUGGAAUUGAUGUCAGUGUUUGGAGGAGGCGGGGUCUUUGAGGGCAUUAGAAAUAGUUUCCUUCUGCAUUCCCAGUCUUGGUUCCUGUUCUUCGUUUGGACUUUAUGGGCAUUUGAUCUGAGGGCUGUGUGUGUAUUGGAGAUAACGGCCACUCUGUGGGCCUGAUGCUUCACAGCGCAGCGACUGGUUCGUCAGUGGCGAGCAGGAAUCGUGAAUGUCGAGCAUCAAGGUUAACUCAGGCAAACCUUCAGUCCGAUCUUUAGAAACGUAUUUUUGAGAUUUUAUCGUAUAGCUUGAAAAACAAAACGCGCCCAUUUAAUGAUUUCCAAAUUGUGCCUUUUGAAGCCAAUGCGAGGUUUUCCCCCAGAAAGUGUUUAUCUCACACAAACAGUACCAGCCUGCCUUCUGUUUUUGUAUGAGAUACAGAAGAAGAAAAUCUUCAAAUAUAUUUUAUUCAGAUAUAUAUGAAAUCGAAAUAUAUUUCAACAUGGUCAUUUGAUACAAACCUGGAAAAUCUCUCAUUUUAAUGGUUAAGAUCUGUAUAUAUAUUCUAAGGGGCAUCUUAAUAUCGAUAUAAUUCAGCCUAAGCCUUUACACUUUUUUUCUCUUUCUUUAACCGUUGAGCUGCGGAGGCUACCGCUAUCAGAGUUUUUAUAUUUAUAAUGUCAAACUUAAAAAAAAAAUAA